AUGGGUCUCCUCGGAAAUUUGAUUGGCGAAUUCACCCACCAGGGCCAGAGCGGUAGCGGCGGCCAGCAGGGUGGCUACAACCAAGGCGGUUACAAUCAACAGCCCCAAGGCAACUACAGCGGCCCCCAGCAAGGAUAUGGUGGCCAGCAGCAGGGCUAUGGCGGCCAGCAGUACGGCGGCCAACAGCAGGGCUACGGCGCCGGCCAAGGCACACCUCAAGUCCCACCUCCAUGGCGCGCUGUCUGGGACGAUCGUGAGAACCGCUGGCUCUUCAUCAACGAGCAGAACGGCGAACGCACUUUCGAGCACCCUGGCCACGCUGGUGGCUACGGCGGCGGCUACGGAAGCAGCUACAGCCAAGGCCCUCCUCAAGGCCAAUACGGCGGCUACGAACAACAGCAACAGCCUCAGCAGAAGAAGAAUCACAACCUAGCAUACGGCGCCAUGGGUGCUGCCGCUGGACUUGCUGGUGGUGCACUGCUCAUGCACGAGGGUCAUGAAGUCAAGGAGGACUGGGAAGAAGACAAGUACAGAGCCGAGGACAAGUUCGAUCGCUUCGAGAACCGCGUGGAAGAUGCCCCUGAGGAUGCAGCUCGCUGGACAGGCCGCAAGGUCGGAGAGGUCGAAGAUAUUCCUCAGAACAUCGAGAAUGACUACGACCGUGCCAAGUACGGCGUCGAAAGACGUUGGGAUGAUGGUGUCCAGGAUGUCGAGGAUAUCCCUCAAGACAUUGCAGGAUUUGCCGGAGAGGGUGUCGGCAAGGUUGAGCGCUGGGGCGACGACGUUGACAGGUUCGGCGACAACAUGGACAACGCCUACGACCAGGGCAGAGACGAUGAACGCUAUGACGAUGACAACAACGACCGCUGGUAA